AUGACGGCUGUCGCUCCUCCCUUGAAUUUCCAGCCGAACGCCAGAACGGGAUGGAGCGCUCCUAAUGCCGCCAACGCCGGCCUGAACUCCAUGAGCGCCGACGACGUCUCCAGAAUGUUUAUGCCCCAGCGCAAGAGCGCCCAGCGAUCAAACUCCUCGUCCUCCAUAUCCUCCACCUCGUCCACCUCGACCAUUGCGUCGUCGCCCUCCCAAACCAACGGCAUUCCGCAGCCCCAGCCCCAGGACCCGAACGCCUGGGGCUCGCGCAAAAAGCCUGCCCGGGGGCUAUGGCCCUCGUCCAAAGCUGAGCCCAUCGCUGGUAUCUCGACCGCACGACCGCAAUCCGUCGCUUCCACAUCGUCUGGCCCCUCAGCUGCCUCUGCCAUCUCUGCCCUCCACACGCCCUCCUCCAUGCUGCCGUCUCAGCACAGCCAAGCCGCACAGGCACAGCAGAACGGCACCGCCCGCGCACAGGGUCAAAACGAGCCGCCUGCGAUCCUUCAUCUCGUCCCGCUCAACGGCACUUUUGAGCGCAAAACCAUCACCGUACCUUACUUCCCCGAGGUCCUGCGCAUUGGCCGUCAGACAAACAACAAGACAAUUCCCACGCCGCUCAAUGGCUACUUCGACUCCAAGGUGCUCUCGAGGCAACAUGCCGAGAUAUGGGCUGAUCGCUCUGGCAAGAUAUGGAUCCGUGACGUCAAGUCGUCCAACGGCACUUUUGUCAACGGCACCCGUCUCUCUCCGGAAAAUCGCGACUCGGAAGCGCACGAACUGCGUGAGCAAGACAUGCUUGAGCUUGGAAUUGAUAUUGUCAGCGAAGACCAGAAAACGAUCGUCCAUCACAAGGUUGCUGCCAAGGUCGAGCACGCAGGUAUCUAUCCGAACAACAAUGUUCUGGACCUCAACUUUGGAGACCUCGAUCCAUCGGUCAACGGGAAUCUGCUGGCCUCCCCGCUCGGCCAAGGUGUCGGGCAGGGCAGGGGCCGUACCGGUAGCCAAGGGUCCAUUGCGAGUAACGGACGCCUGGGGUCGAUGCCUCAAAGCGUGGCUGGUAAUAACAUGGCCGGGAUGGCACAGCAACGUCAUACCAAUUUCUGGCUGCAACCCGUUACCAUGGAACAGAUUGUUAAGAAGCUGAACUCUGAAAUGAAGCAAGCUCGCCAACAAUCUCAAGAGCUUCAACGGACCGGGCAGUAUAUUGAAUCUCUCUUAGCGAGCGAUCCGAAAAAAGAGCCGAGCAAGACGUCAUCUCCCAUGACGAAACAUUCACCGCUGAAAGGCGACAUCAAGGCACGCUUCUCAGACCCUCCCGCCCCGCCGCCAUCGCAACCUCUUCCUGAGAAGCCGGAUGCAGCCCAGCCAUCCCUGCGUCGCUCGGAGACCGAGAAGCCGAAACUGCCUGCGAAUCUCAGCGCACCCAAGGGUGAUUCUCUCCAAAUCAACGCUUUGCUCGAGGCUUUGAACAAUGCCAAGAAGGACUUCGAGAUGCAGAGUUCAAGGUUAAAGGAAGUGGAAGACCUGCUGGUUCAGGAACGCCUUGCUCGAGAAAGCGCCGAGGAGCGCGCUCAGCGAUUAGAGCUGGAAAGAAAGAAAGAUGUGGCUGGCGACAUUGUCGAGACGUACACCAAUGGAAUUAGUGACGUCGCAGCAGAAGAAGCGUCUGCUACCGCAGACGAUCACGUCAACGAAAACCCGAUGGCCAUGGACCCGCCGCAAACGUCGGAAACAGACGCCUCCACUGCCCAGCUCCAGCAACACAUUGAAUCCAUGGUUGCAGAAAUGGAUCGGAUGCGGCAAGAGAUGGAGACAUACAAACAACGCGCUGAGAAGGCAGAGUUGGAGAGUGCCAAGGAUCGCUCAACGCUGGCGGAAAUGAUUGAAAGUAUUCGCAAACAAGAGAGUGAGCGCGCGGCGAAGAUUUCUCAAGAAAACAAGACCGAGAGCAACCACGGCAUAGACACACCACUCCACAUUGAUGGAGCGCAGGACCAAAAACCUCAAGAUGAGGAGAUCCGAGACUCUUCGCCCAGGUCUACCUCGGCCGCACGAGAGACCGGCAUUCCAAACGGUCGGCCGCUGCAAAGCGAGCAGGGUGCAGUAUCCAAAGAGAAAGGGCAACAUGCUCUCGUCACUAAGUCGCCAGGAGGCGAACAGCUUGCGCAUGUCGGCCCGUAUGCAUCGAUGGUGGGUGUUGUGGUCCUCGGUCUGAGCAUCAUGGCGUACAUCAAUGGAUGGCAGAAGCCGCUGGAGAGGUGA